UCGCAAAACAGGACCGUUCCAUGACAAGGCAUCGUGAGUACCAGGUGGUACAGUACCAUAGACGACUGAUGUGUGUCCUCGUUGACAAAUCCAAAGAUCUCUCAUUUUCCUUAGCUAGCUAGCACAUCACUCAAGAAGAAAGACAACUAUCAAGAUGGCGUCUCCUCUGCCCAGCAGUCCCGUUCGUCUGGUCCACAAUGGCGGAGAUGUCGAAGAAGCCUGUACAGCUCCCCUGUUGCUCAACAGUCCAGAACGGCCCAACGAAGUCCAUCAUCAUCAUCACCCACACAAUCAACAAGAAGCAGACCACUGGCAACAAGCCCGAGAAAUUCGUCGCAUCCGACAAAAGUCCUGUCUCGUGGCAACACUCAUCUUUUGCAGUUUUCUUCCCACACUCGUCGUCAUCACCACUGUCUCCCCACUGUUCUUGGCCAUUGGAAUCUUUGUCUUUGUUCGAGUCUCACAGAGACGCGUGUCAUCCACCAUUGUUCCAUUGGUGGCCUUUGUCCCCUUUUUGCUCAUCAACUUGGCCGCCAUGUACGUCUAUAACUUCAUGUUUGGAUUCGAUUAUCUCCUGGUCUUCUCCUUGAUACUGGCACUGCUAGGGGCAGUGGGAUUCUACUAUUGGCAUCGUCAACAUCAGGAACUACAAGAUAUCACCACCAAUGAAGAUCCAGUUCGAAAGAAGCAGCUCUUCUUUGCCUACCUGGAAACGGUACAAUCUGUGGCCAAUUCUGUACGCAACAAUGGUACCAAGACAAGUUCCUUUCCGCCGGAAGAGGCCACCACGGAACUGACAGUCUUUCGGCCACCCACACAGGGAUUCUACAGGGGAUCCACCGUCAUGCCCAUUAAAAAGACAAAGAAGAAACAAUCAUCAUCACGCAAUCAGAAUCAAAAUAAUGAUAGCGAUGACACAACAGCCACCACAGAACAAGACAACAACCCCACGGCAGAUCCUUCCACUUCUACGGCAACCGCCACCACAGAAAGCAACACUACUACUGCUGCUACCAACAAAGAAACCACCACUACCAAACAUGAUGAUGGACAGCUCUUUCUCCUCUUUCCAAGAUCGGAUACUGCCACCGGCUGGUGGAUCCGAGGGGCGCGCAAACAUGCCAAUGGCAGCAUUCAAACCAUCGUCCUCGAGGGAUUCGUAUCACUCAUCACCAAUGAAGCCUAUUGGACGGAAGGAACCCUGGAUGGAAAGGAAAACACUUUGUACUAUGGAAAGUUUGUUCAUGAUCCACAGCCACAGUUUGAAGGAGAGUGGCUCUCCUUUACCGAGAACCAGAGCCACGCCUACACCAUGCCACUCGUCGAGGCGGCAGAUCCCGUCCUACAUUUUGGGAUUGUCUGCCACGAGUGUCAGCACUCUCCUCAUCCCGGAAAGUGCUACACGGCCAAGACGACAGGUGCAGAACACUACUGCGAGAAUUGUGUUGUCAAUAACCCUAGUUUGAUACACAGCCACAAUAGCGACCAUGAGGAGGAGUUUAUCGAGUGGUCAUUACCCGAAGUGAACCCUCGGUCCAAUGAAAAACUAUCCUACAGUCCACCAUUGGGUGCUUGAUUGCUUGUAGUCUAGUGAGGAUUAUUUAUUUGAUUCGAUUCAUGACGACAAGUUGAACCAAUGCACACAGGGGGGAUUUGCUAAAGGAGAGAGUGAACGGAUAGUGCUCCCAAUAAAAAGUCGGAACAACUGUUUGUCUGUUUGUUCCGUUGCUCAGUGUCGUAUGUGAGCAAACAAUCACGAAUUGCGUGCCGUACAAAUGACUGAAGCAGUUGAUGCUGCCUAAACCAACGUUUCUUAUUACUUGCAGUAUCAGGACAAAAGGCCAGUGUUACUCCUCUGUCUACUUGCCUACCGUAUGUAGAGUUGGAAGUAACUAGUUUCCAGUGUAUCCUUUCUUAGUGUUGAAGAAACUCUUGCCAUAGGAACAGCGAUUGUGUCAGAACAAACGCAAACGCAAACGCAUUCGGGUGCAUUGCUUGAGUUGCGAAACUAGCGCUAGCAUUGGGUAGGACAAUUUUUUGCGCAUCCCAACGCCACAAACUGGCUGUCUAUAGCUGCAAGCUAAUCUAUUGCAAGGAUUUUGUCGGUCGGUACCAGCAUAUUGAGUUGCGGCAGC